GUGCUAGUCUAUAAUGACGACGGUAUUUACAAUAAUUCUUACGUUCACCGUUCUGUACCAUUUUUUCAUCGGAGAAUGUUUUUGCUUAUGGCAUCUGCAUUCAGCAAACAUAACUCAGUCUUUCGGACAUGCACUGAAUGAAACGACGUUCAUCACAGCUGUGCCUUCACUCAAUGAGACUACUCUGGUGAAUUUCACAUAUACAUUGUCUACUCGCGCAAGCAACUUGAGCGAGUUCAGUUAUUCGUUGCAAGAUGCACAACAAGUGGACUGCUUCGGACUGGGAAAGACAGUCGCGACGAGUCUGGAAUGGUUCUUUAGAAGUAAACCUAAUGGGAGUGACGCCUUGGACGUGCAAUUUCUUCUGUCCUCUAGGAAACAGCCUCACCGCGUGCAAGUGGUGCUUGGCGAACAGUUUGGUUUAGAAUGGACAGACUUUAAGAUAGAACGCAGGACAGUGAUCAUAGUACAUGGUUUUCUGUCUCAUGGUCAAGAAACGUGGAUUAGGGACAUGGAAAAGGCAUUACUCGAAUGGGAUGAUGUUAAUGUGGUGAUAAUAGAUUGGAGCGCUGGCGGUAAUACGUGGAAUUAUUACAAAGCAGCGGUUAAUACCAGAAUAGUCGGAUAUCAAGUAUCAAAAUUUAUAGAACAUGUAACAAACGCUACAAUCGACAACGAAUCGGACGUAAAUAGUUGGGGUCCUUUACAUCUGGUAGGACAUAGUCUCGGUGCUCACAUUUGCGGAUUUAUCGCAAGAGAGCUGAAAAAAAGGCAGAACAAAUGGACUGUGCAGAGAAUCACUGGUCUGGACCCAGCACAACCAUGUUUUCGUAAAGCUGAUACAUCUGUUCAUUUACAUAAAAAUGACGCACCAUUUGUCGACGUGAUACAUACAAACGGCAGAUUACUCAUGAGUCUGGGACUUGGCUUACCCGAAGCUAUAGGUCAUGUUGAUUUCUAUCCGAAUGGUGGUAAAGUGCAACCUGGCUGUGUACGCAGUGUACGAACGUCAUACUUCGAUUACUUACCGAUUCCUACAGCUGCGAUACAACAAGCGAUAUGUAGUCACGGACGUUCUUACGUCUAUCUCAUAGAAUCUUUGACGUCUGCUACUGCGCGCAAUUGUAGUUUCUGGGCACAACAAUGGAAUUUGACAUAUAGACAUUUUUUACAAAUAAUUGCGGAACCAUGCGACGAAAACAUUUGCUCGGAAAUGGGCAUUAGAGCAGAAAUGUAUAAUCAGCGUGGAAGUUUUUUCGUGCCUACAGCCAGUACCAGUCCGUUUUGUGCCAAUAGCACCGAUGUCAUACAAGAGGUAAAAAAGCAAUUGCAACGGGAUUACUUGGGCGACACGGAGGAUUAACAAAUUGCACACUGCAAUAGACCAACUUAUUUGUAAAUAAAUUAGUUAUAUUAGU